AUGAGAGCCGCAGAUAGAGAGUAUUGGACCGAAGCUUGCAAUCUGGAAAUGCAAGCACACUAUGAAAAUGGCACGUUUACACUUGUUCCGUUGCCAUCAAAUGUUAAACCCAUAGGUUGUCGCUGGGUUUUCAAUAUCAAAGACAAAGGUCUCUAUAAGGCCAGACUAGUAGCGAAAGGCUAUACUCAACAGGAAGGAAUUGAUUAUGAGGAAACCUUUUCCCCUGUGAUAAAACACACCAGUCUACGUCUUCUCCUUGCUAUAGCUGGCAAACACAAGAUGCAUGUACACCAAAUGGAUGUUAAAACAGCUUUCUUGAACGGCGUUCUCAAGGAAGAGUUGUACAUGAAACAACCUCCAGGAUACAAAGCAGUUCCCAUGAACGCCAAGGACAAAACAAGUGAGUAUGUCCUCAAAUUAAAUAAGUCCAUCUACGGUCUAAAACAAACUCCCUUGGUCUGGAACCAGACCAUUAACAAAACACUCAGAUCUCUUGGCUUUACAAGAUCUGUUGAAGAGCCAUGCAUUUACUACAACUUUGAAAAUAAUGAAUCACUCUUCAUUGCACUCUAUGUUGAUGAUAUGCUACUUAUUGGCACAAAUCUUAAGAAAAUCACUCGACUCAAAAUACAUCUAGGUCAGGCCUUUCAAAUGAAAGAUCUUGGUGUUGCUGGUAAAUUCCUUGGUAUGAACUUGAAUGUAUCAUCCACUGGAAUUGUAGUAAACAUGGAAGAAUAUAUCAACAAUCUUCUACUUGAAUAUGGUAUGGCGGAUUGCAAUCCCGUCAAAACACCUGCCAACAAAACUAACCUAGAUGAUCUAGCAGACAGUUCUGAUCGCAACAUGCGAUGA